AUGGAAAUCUCCCCCAGUCCUUCCCCACUCCAUGUGCCCAAGGAUUCUUCUCUCGCCGCCGUCGCCUCUCCCUUACUACAGACUCUCUUCCGUCCUCGUCAACAGAAGAAGAUGAGUAUCACGCAAACUUACUACCUCGCUCAUACCGCCCGCAAGAAGCUCACUCGGGAAGCUUCGCGGGCGGAUCACAACCUACGCCUCUUGGUCGGCCAUGCCAACCUGCUCGACUCUUUGAUGAUGGACCUCGCCGAUGCCGAACGCGAGCAAGAACGGUGGUUCAACCAGACCGUCAAUGGUGCGGCCAAGACCUCAGUCCGCGAGAACAAGUCCCGUCACAUCCAAUGGGCAUCAACCGUGGUCGAAGAGCCCGAGGAGGACGAGGAGGAUUGGGAUCCGGAAGAUGCGUCCGACUUGGACUCGGAUCUCAGCGACAGCGACGAGGAGGACGACUCCGAUUUUGAUGAGAAUGACUUUGUCAUCAACACUCCCGUUCGCCUGCGUUCUCCUCCACCAACCUCCACUCAGCACCAUGUUGCCGCCUUCGCCGAGGCUGCUAUCAUCGAAGAUGAAGGCGAAGAAACCGACUCGGACUUUGAAUAUGAUGAUGCGGAGGAUCUGGAUGAACUCACCCUGACUCGAUCGCCCUCGCGGCAAUCCCCUCCGGAAUUGUUGGCCGACGACGACUCUUCUGAAGACGAGAGCAUGCCGCCCUCGCCGCUGCAACCGACGCUUGAAUCCUUUGACGCUAAGGAGCCUGCCACCGAGGCGGUCCCGUUGACGGAUGACCAAUACGCCUCCGAAUACUACAAUCCUCGGGAACAGAGCACGAUCGUCAAGGCCUACUAA